AUGUGGCGCGAUAGAAGCAAUCUCUUUAUUUCAUACCGCCAAUCCUAUUCGCAUCACCCUACGACCAAGAAGUCGCGCAUCGCUGGAGGCUUCGGAGACAAUGGCGAAUCCGAAGAAACAAGAGGACUCAUGUCCGCCGGUGCCUUUGACGAUGGAGAUGCUGUAAUUGAAAUGGACCGUCUACCACCGCGCUGGCUCGACGUGCAAGACCAGGUCGCCGAAUGGUUAGAGAACAUUACGAAGCAGAUCAAGAAGCUGGACCAACUGCAUCAGAAGCACGUACUACCAGGCUUCGAUGAUGAGCAGGUCAAGAGAAGGGAAGAGCGAGAGAUCGAGGCCAUGACUCAAGAGAUCACCAGAGGCUUCCAGACAUGUCAACGAGCCAUUCGUCGCAUCGACAACAUGGUCAAAGAAUCGCAACAAACCGGAAGUCUAAGCAGAGGAGAAGAGACCAUGGCUCAAAAUCUCAAGGUCUCAUUGGCGACAAAGGUGGGAGAUAGCAGUGCACUGUUUCGAAAGAAGCAGUCUGCCUACCUCAAGAAGCUGCGUACACUAGGUGGCAUGAACUCACCGCUCGAUCGUGCCGCUUCGCCCGUCCAGAAUCCCUACACUGACCCUUCCCUCAUGGACUCCGAGAUCGAUCGCAACUCUGCACAAAGCACUCUUCUACAAACCAAGCAGAAGCAGCGGUCUACCGGCCUGCACGACUCGACUAUUGCCCAGCGAGAGCGUGAGAUUGAGGACAUUGCACAGGGCAUCAUCGACCUGUCCAACAUCUUUCAGGAGUUGCAGACCAUGGUCAUUGAUCAGGGAAGCAUGCUGGACCGCAUCGACUACAAUGUCGAGAACAUGGCUGUUGAGGUCAAGCAUGCCGAGAAAGAACUAAAGGUCGCUACGGGAUAUCAAAAGAAAUCGACGAAGCGAAAAAUCAUUUUGCUGCUAGUCCUCAUUGUUGCUGGAAUGUUCAUCCUCUUGAUGAUCAAACCCAGGAAUCGAAGCGCUCCAUCUACCACUCCUGCACCAGCGCCUGUUACGCCACCUGAGCCUGCUAUAAGACCUCCUGAACGGUCACGACGACAUCUGGUCUUGGAUGAACUUACAGGCGCGAGGAAAGACUGGCGAAGGCGGAAGCGAACGCCUAACGAGACUUUGAGUUUCCAAUAA